ACUACUAAAGCCCCCCGAGAAACCAGACCAUAUUUCUAGCCUUUCUUCUUCUCUUUUUUUUUUUUUUUUUUUUUUCCCCACUUCACAUUUGAAUCUUGUCUUCUCACCGCAACAAUCCCAAAGAUUUAGUCUUUUCUUUCCAAUUUACUCUCAGUAAUUGUAGUACCAAAUAAAAAAAAAAAAUACAUGGCAAUUGACAUGAUCUCAGAGGCUCCAAGCAUUGUUACAAUUCCAAGAAUCUCAUUUUCAGACGAUCUUUGCAACAAAGAUGCUAAUGCAGUCAUUGAAGAUUUCCAACAUCAAUCAGAUCAUUCUAAUUCUGAUUUCGAUUUCUGUAUUAACAACAACACUAAUACAGAAACUUCUUCAGCAGACGAGCUUUUUUUAGAUGGCUUAAUUCGCCCGCUUCAACUACAAGAAAAGUUUGUCACGUUAAAUCAACAAGUUCCUUUAUCCAAGAGUACUCAAACUUUAUCUUCUCCUCAAAAUAAACCAACCCCAAAUGAAAUCUUGAAACAAAAUGUUGUUACAACUACUAGAAGAAGUAGUAGUCUACAUUGUGUCAAUGGCAAUAAGAAAAACUCUUUUUGGUCUUUACCUUUACUAUCAAGAAGCAAUUCUACUGGUUCAGUGCCUAAUCCAAAGAAUUCAACAAAUGAAGGUCACAAACAGAAUGCACAAUUCAAGCAAAUGAAGAAUAUGAAUUUCCCAUCAUCACAAAAGCCUCCACUGAGAAAGAAUUAUGGUCAUGGAGGGCUUAAUUAUGGUAAUGGGGUUAGUAUUAAUCCUGUUUUAAAUGUGCCACCUACUUUUAUUCCAAAGGGUACUGCUAAUCUCUUUGGUUUGGGAUCUUUCUUUGCUAAUGGAAAAGAAAAGAAGAGUAAGAAGUGAUUUGUGUUGUACUUUGUACUUGCUCUAAUUGUUCUUUAUAAAUUAUUGAAUUCCAUCA